AUGGAAAUUAUGAGACAAAGGAAAAUAAGUCAACAGUAUCAAGACAAGCCAAUUGUUUUCAUCGACAAAGAUGUGCAAUCAUUACUUCAGCCACUGAACCUAAUGCAAAUUAUUUGGGGCUAUCCAAAAUAUAGAAUUGUUAACAAUGUAAUAACUCUUUGUUUUGAUACAAAUAUGGUUUAUGCUAUUAGGAUCAUUACGCUUUUAAAAGAUAAAGUUUUUUUGUGGAAUACUCAAGUGAAAAAUGUUCAGAAUAUGGCAGAGAGUGAAAAGAAAUAUUACUGCCAAAAUUUAUUUAAGACUUACGAUGAUAUAUUGAAGUGCUACGAUAUCUAUAGGAUAUGUUACCAGCUACAAAGGACCAGAAAAGAUUUUCCAAAAAUAUAA